AGCCAAUGAGCAAAAUCAGUUGGAAUAUAAUGCCGUUAUGAAGCUUCAUGCUCAUUUGGAUGAUGACAAAGAUGGUGAUGUAAAUAUUUCAGAGUCAGAGGAGGUAGGUCAAUUGUUGAACAAUGAUUACUAUAAUUGUUAGUAGUUUAAUCACAAUUUAACCGUCAGCAAGAUCAAACUAGCAAAACUAGCACCACAGGCACAGCUGAGCAAGCUGCUAGUCUACCAAAGAUAAUACUUGCAAUAAUUAUAAUAAGUUCAGUAGUUCACCCGUAUCGAAGGGAGUAUUCAUGAGCAUAGAAAUAAUUCCUAUUAUUGUUAAGGCAUUUCUGGAAGUCAUACAUAUAGCGAAUGAGCGUGACGCGCUAAAAUUCCACUGGUGAAGUCAAGAUGAUUCGCAGUUAGAAAUGUUGUGAUUUACAAGAGUUGUUUAUGUUGCCAUCCUUCGCCAUUUCUCCUCCCUGGAGUGAUCGAGCAACAUCUUUCAUGCUUCUAUGUAGAUGAUUCGCUCACCGGUGGGGAAAACAUUCCGCAAGUAGAAGAUUGAAAGGAGAGAGCGGUUGAAAUCUUUCAAGAUUCAAGUUUACAUAAAUGGAACUCGAACGUAUAAGUGAACUUGACCUGCAGCGGGAAACGACGAAGAAACAUACGCCAAACAGCAGUUAGGUGGUGAUUCAACUGAGACAACAAUGCUUGGGUUAAAGUCUACGGAACAAAUCGAUGGACAGAGGACUCUGACCACUAUAUCUUUCCCAACCUUUGACAGUAAUUCUACCACAAGUCCACAACCAAACGCACAACCCUUAGCAAGCUAGCAAAAGUCUAUGACCUCCUAGAUGUGGUGUCCUCCAUUACUUUGGAAGGAAAAAUAAUCUUUCAGGACGUGUGCAAGAGUAAGGUACCACGGGAUGCUGACACUCAAGAAUCGUUAGUCGUCGCUAGAACGAAUGGGAGAAGUCACUGCCAAAAGAAGAAACCAUACCACGUCCGAUAGUGAAAUACCGAGAACCAGUUUUGAAUGUAGAACUCCACACCUUUGGUGAUGCCUCGCCGAAGGGUGUCGGAGCGGUGGUAUAACCCAGAGGGCGACAAAGAUCUGGGAAUACACAACAAUUAAUGACAGCUAAAUCUAGAUUGGCCAAAGAAGGGUUGACUAUUCCUCGUCUGGAGUUGAUAUCCGCGCAUAUGAGUAUAUUCAAUAAAAUACAUCUUAAUUAAUUUACUUGCGUAUAGAAAAUUUAGGUUACAAAUUUAUUAACAUGUAUAGAUUAUAAUGUUUUUUAUGUUACUCUGAGUGUAUAUCCACCCUGGGCAGGCUGGAAAGUUAGCCUGACAUUGGGGGGAAUCGAAGCUGCGACCUUUGGGAUACUACUGUAGUUCAAUGCUCUGCUAACUGAGCUACGAGAUCAAGUCGGUUCGAGUGUGUGGUAUUUCGGAACUAUGGUCAUGAUGUUUUUUGAGUGUGAGUUGAUGUUAUUAUUACUGGACUGAAUUCACGAGGAUUUUUUACAAAAGAAAUACGAAGUUCUUUGCAUUUAUCAGUGUUCAGUUUCAUCUUAUUAUUUGUCGACCAUUGUACAAUUUCAUCAGCAAAGAAUUGUGCUUUACUUAAUUGAUUCGUGUCGAUUACCUCAGAUGUCGUAUAGUAUUGUUUACGUAUUUCCACAAAUUGGCGUUGUUUACAACCAAAUCAUUCAUCAUAAUUAAAAAGAGCCAGUCCCCCAAUUUUGUUGGCUGAGGUAGCCCAGAGGGAACAUUUCCUCAUUCAUUCAUUUACCCUUUGGAAUCUAUCACAUAGAAAGUCUAUAAUCCAAUUUAUUAUGCUCCUUGGUAGGUCUAGGUUUCUAACAAGAAUUUUAUGAUCAAUAAAGCUUUUUCGUAGUCAAAUUACGGCGAAUGUUGUUGAAGAUAUUGGAAUUGUCCCAUUACUGGUUUGGUUCGAUUAUUUUCAUUACAGCUGGUCUCACGUAGUCGUUCAGCACAAAAUUUUCUGCAAUCUUUGAAAUGCAGGGGUUAAGGAUAUAGGCCUGAGUCCUUCAGAUAUUGUGAUUUUUUCUUCGGCAUAGGUAAGACAUUUGCAAAUUUCCAUAUGGAAGACGUUGUUGUUCAUAGGAAGCAUUCGGGAUUUGACUUAUUGGUAAAGCUGGCUGCAUAGUCACGUAGGAGCCAAUUUGGCACGUCGUCUGGACCAGCGCUUUUUCCAGGAUUAAGUUUUGCUAAGUGUUAAAAAAACUUUCUUCAGAAACUUCUAGUUAUUCAGGAUGGUCUUCCAAAUCAACUCGUUCUAAUGGGGACGAAAUGCGAUAUUCUGCCAGCGAAUAAUUGAACUGUCAAUGAGGAAAAGAACACAUGGGCACGCGAAAAUGCGAAAAAAAAAUGGGUACCCACCGCGCGCCCGCUGCUGAUCUGCUGAUCUGCUGAUCCGCGAAUACAAAUUUGACGAAAUGACACUGCAAACGUCGUUAACAUCCUUUAUUAUUCUAAUAGAUCGUUUUAAUAUUUGUAGUUUUUGACGCACGAGUUGCAAGUGAAAGAUGGUAAACGUCAUUCAAAGUUUCAUUCAGGUGAUCAUUCUAUUAGUGUCGAUGAUCUUUGGAAAGCGUGGCAAGAAAGUGAAGGUAUACAUGUAAUUAGAAAUUAAAAUAGUUUUCAUCACUGGGCAAUAGGGUGUUUGGAAACCCAGGAAUUACAGGAACUGCAGGAUUUUCAGGAACAACAUAAAUCAUAAUAAUUAUUUAAUUAUUCGUUAAUUAUUCUCGCUAAAACCACUAAUAAUGAUAAAUUAUGACAUAAAUAUAGCGCGUGGAAGUGUAUUUCCACACUGCUGCUGUAAUAAACUUUUGUUCAAGAUAGAAAGCGAAACUGAGGUAGCUAAGUGGUUAAAAUUUUGGUUUUGGACUAGGAUGUUCAAUUAUACUGGCCACUGUAUUUAUUUCUAAAAUGACGUUGUCUUUUAUUACAGCAUAUCUAGUGAAAGUGUGACUACGAGUAACGAGUUCAGAUGAAGAUAUCGAAUUUAAGGUAUUAUUAAAGAUAUCUGGUCACUUUUGUUUACCGUCUUAUUAUGUAUUAAUACCUCCGGUUCCCCUGACUCCAAAUAUUUAAAACUAAACGUUUGAACAAAUAUACAAGGGCAUCUUGUUGGUUUAUAUGAAAUAUGUAAAUUUUGUUGUAUUUAUUCGAUAACGUUUAUAAAUAAUAAAACGGUAAACAUGCAACACUGACCAGAUUUCAAUAAUAAUACCUUAUGAUUCAAUAUAUUCACCUGAACUCGUACUGAGUCACGCUUUCACUAGAUGUGCUGGAAUAAAAGAUAACGUCAUUUUAGAAAUAAAUACAGUGGUAUCGAACAUCCUAGUCCAAAACCAAAUUUUAACCACUUUAUACCUUUCGCUUUCCAUCUUGAACAAAAGUUUAUUACGACAGCAGUGUGGAAAUGCAUUUCCGCAAAAUUUAACGAAUAAUUAAAUAAUUAUUAUGAUUUAUGUUGUUCCUGAAAAUCCUGUAUUUCCCUGGUUUCCAAACACCCCUGGACAUGCAAUAUCUAUGAACUUUACGUUAAUAUUUUCAAGAGGUUUCUGAUUUAAUUUCUGGUCUUCUCACCAUGCAAGCCAAAAAUGUCAAAUUCUGCAUACUAUACCCAAACGCCUAACUUCAUUGUGUUUCUUGAAAAUCUUUCAAUGAAACAUUUUCCGUUUUAAUUAAGGUUACUAGACACGUUGGGAGGGUCAAAAAUUAUCAUUUUUGUAUUUUAAAAUUGCUGUAUUCUUAAAGCCGAGAUCUUUUAUAUGGUGAAAACUAAAUAUUGAUAAAAUGAAAACUUUUCGAGAUAUUUACGUUUAAAAUGUGAUUGAAACUAUUUUUGCGCGAAAUACGAGCAUGUGUUGAGGUCGUAAGCCUUUGGUUUCAAAUAUCGAGUUUCGCCCGGUGUUUGUCGAAAUAUCAAGUAAUCUGUGGCUCUGCGGCCUUCGAUGCCUUAAACAGAAUCUAAAACUUUGUGGUGAUUGUCAAAUGCGGGAUUGGUCUUACUAUUACAGUAUCAUGUAUAAUAUACUUAUAUACCCCGUUUAUAAUUCAAGCACGCGGUUACCACGAGAAUAAUCAGGUUCCUUUCAAAAUGUGUCACUCUGCUGUCGUUUAAUAGGAGGAUUUCCUCGAUAUAUUCGCUCCGAUAAUCGAAAAUCCCGUGGAAACUUAUCACGCGUUCGUUUUUGCGUGAUGAAUUUUCAGCAAAAAUCCAAUUUUCUUCACAUUUUCACAGCAGACGCACGAGAACCAGGGCUACAAAAGUGUGUGCAUGUGGUAGCUAUAAGUCCUGACAAGACGUUUAAUAGCUCAAAAGAGAUUUCAUUUUCGUUUUUUACUUAUUGCCUUUCGAACACAAAACAACUUGUUAGAACGAAGGUUUACAAAAAGAGAAAAGAGAACCUAUAGCUACCACACACACGGCAUUUGACUUUCUUGAUAUAGCUUACUUUGAAGGGAAACCAUAGCUUGACAAAACUUUUCGCGUGAAGUGAGUGUGAAACCUUAAUAAAUGGUGAAAUACUGUGUUCAUCAACUGAUUCAACAUUCAUUGUACUAUAACUGGUCAAACUUGGUCAAACUGUGAACUAAAUUGGUUGAAAACACAGACCGCAAUUUCAACUGUUGUGAAUGACGCGCGCAACGUGUCUCGUAACCUUAAAUUCGGGUCUUAAAACUAACAUAGAAUUUGACUGUGUUGUUUGCCGAAUUUCCUUCUCACGAUUCACCCUAAUUGCACGCCUUUACACAUCACCUGUCUCGUUAAUUCAGGUUGCUCAAUCUUCCGAUAUUAUAUAUAUAUAUACAAGUAUAUAAGACUUUGUCUUUUGAUGUGACCAUACAGUUAUUCUGUCGGACGAUGAUUUUGAAUUAAAGCGAAAUAUCAGGAACUCCUGUGCAAAGUAUUGUUUAAGUCCUUAUCUUGGAUUUCUCAAGAUGUUUAUAUUAAACUUUGUGAUUACAUAAUAAUUAUUUGUUACCACAAUCUAAUGUUCUAUUACUUUAUGAUUCAUUUUAAUUUUGUUGAUAGUAAGCAAAUGGUCAUCGGAUGAAGUUGCUGACUGGUUAAUAAAUGUUGUUCAUUUACCUCAGUAUGUAGAAGUUUUCAAGGGUAAUAAAGUUGACGGUCAUCAUCUACCAAGGUAUUAUACAAUACAAACUAUUCAUUUCGCAACUAUAUACUAUAACAAACUAUUCAUCAUUGUGUCAAACAGUUGGUAUAGCUACUAAUGUUAGCAUGUUAAAUUUGAAUUCCACCAGUAGACUAAACUAACUAUGUUUUGUACAGAUUAGCGUCUCCAGAUGAUGAUAUAUUAUUGAAUGAACUCAAGAUCUCGAACACAAUUGACAGAAAAAAAAUUUCAUUAAGAGCAAUGGAUGUUGUUCUAUUUGGUGCUCCCAGACGUAAGUAUAUACUUUAUUGUCUAACAAGUUUUGCUUAUAAUAGUUUUGUUUGUGGAAGUUUUGCUUCUUCAAGAAAUACCUGUUUUGCUGAAUCUUCUGGCUUGAACAAUGCAGAUAUUUGGUAAUUCCUACCGGCAGUGCAUCCAAUUGGAGGUCUUUCUUUCUCCAUAUAUGAACAACCAAAAUAAUAUAGUUAUAAUAUACGCGUGGGCCAUCAGGCCAAAUUGUUUCGUUUCGUGGCACCUCUCUGGAAAGUAGAACAUUUUUACAUAAUCAGAAUUAUCCACAGAAAAAGUUCCCAAAAAGUUUACAACCAAAUGGAAAGCAGGCUUUAGUCCUCCUUAGUCUUCGCUGUAGGCUUAAUUAGCCUUCCUUAGCCAGGCUUCCUUAACCCCUUAAUCAUUGGCAUUCUCUCUUGACAAGGAAAAUCGUCAGGCGUUAGAGUAAUUAGUGAGUGUAUGCGACGUUUGUGUGACACGGACGUCACCCGUAAACUUGGUAUAACUAAUUUUGGCGGCACUCUGCAUUAUAGCACUCGUAUAAGGAAGUAAAAAAGUUUAAAAAUCUUAUGUUUUGUCAUAUAUGUUGAAGAUUACCACAAACUGAAACAAACACAAUUUUUAAUCCAGUCCCCCCUCGGCAAUCUGACGUGCGUGUUGACAACAACGUCGCUCGCUUAAGCUCACGAUUGGUAGGGUACAUUAGGGGGUAGCAUUUAUUUUAAUCUUAACUCUCGCCCUAGUCUCCCUCGCAGCCACUCUUUGACACAAAGGAGGGAAAUUAUUCUUAACGUUGCUUAGUCUUCCCUAGUUUUCCUUAAUUCGUUGCCCUUUCCUUAAACUUUCACUACCGUUUCUUAGCCUUGAUGAAAACUGUUUUUAAGCAGACUUGAACCUGUCCAUAUUAAGGCGUGUGUGCUCAUGUGUACUCUUGUGCUGACAUUAUUAGGUCAGGUAGCCAACGAGCAAAAUCAGUUGGAAUUUAAUGCCGUCGAGAAGCUUCAUAUUCAUUUGGAUGAUGACAAAGAUGGUGAUGUAGAUUUUUCAGAGUCAGAGGAGGUAGGUUAAUUAUUGAACAAUGAUUAUUAUAAUUAUUAAUAAUUUAAUCAGCGAGAUCACCAACAGAGAAAUUUUUGGCCAAAAUGGCAAUACUAGUACAGUAGUACUACAGCUGAGCAGCCAGUUCUACCAAAGAUAAUAUUCAAAUGCAAGUUCACCCUUAUCGAAGUGAGUGUCGAGACAUUUUACAACAAACCAUUGUAUGGACCAGGUUAAGCCAUGACUAAACGUACCUUGUUCAAGGAGUGCAAGGUAGAAACAGAAAAUCCCUGAUAUGAAGGCAAGAAACAGGAGUGGUAAACCCUGGAUGAACGCCGCAUCACAGAUUGAAAGAAGCCAGAUCUACAGCGAGCGGGAAACACAUGAAGAAACCUCCGAUGUAUAACACUGGGAAAAGUAUUGCGACCAGCCCCAGGAGAGGGUGGGGGGAAAAUAAUUUAUGUAUGGCAUGCAGGCAGCACGAAAGUGAAUCAUUAGCCUAACUUGUGGUCAAUUACCACUCUACAAGGCAGCCGAUUGGUUGAAAAGCUUGCAUAAAUGCGUAAUAUACAUAUGCCCCCACAAUCGUGCUUGAUGUUAAUUAUUUUCAUUGCAUAAAUUCAUUUACUAAUAAAUCCGUUUUAAUAUAUGUAGUUUUUGACCCACGAGUUGCAAGUGAAAGAUGGUAAACGUCAUUCAAAGUUUCAUUCAGGUGAUCAUUCUAUUAGUGUCGAUGAUCUUUGGAAAGCGUGGCAAGAAAGUGAAGGUACAUGUAAUUAUAGUCUAAUGUACAAUCUAAUUAGAAUAAAAAAGUUUUCACCAAUAACUGUAGCCUGUGUUCCAGUCCACUGUUGAAUUCUUUAUUUUAACUAGCUAACUUCAUUCAGAUUCUUGAAUAUCUUUAUAUCAAACAUUUUUCGUCUUACUUAUAUUCGGGUCUUCAAACUAACAUAUAUAGAGCUUGACUGUGCUGUUUGCCUAAUUCUCCUCUCACGAUUCACCCAUGCAUGCACGUCUUCGCACAUCACAGCUGUAUCGUUAGUUCAUGGUUGCUCAAUCUCUUGUCAUUCAUUUUAAUUUUGUUGAUAGUAAGCAAAUGGUCAUCGGAUGAAGUUGCUGACUGGUUAACAAAUGUUGUUCAUUUACCACAGUAUGCAGAAGUUUUCAAGGGUAAUAAAGUUGACGGUCAUCAUCUACCAAGGUAUUGCAAUACAAACUAUUCAUUUCACCACGAGUACAAACUAUUAUGUAAUGACUACAGUGAAACACGCAAUUUAAUUGGUCGAUACCCGUGCAGGUUCAGACAAUCCUGCACGGAAUACCUUCGAGCGGGCUUUUUAUAGAAUGUCGGACAAUGAAAACAUUUUAACGUGUGAGAUUAACAGUAUAUAUAUAUUAAACGAGAGACAAGUUAACAUAAACUUUAAUAAAGUUAAAAUCACGUUAAAUAAACUUAAACGUUUUAAUAAAGUUAUCCGUUGUUUCACUAUUUUUUUUAUUAAAAUAGAAUUACCAAAUGGUUUUCCGUGCGUCACGCACGCGGGGUGUUGCGAGACAUUCGCGAUGACAUCAUAGUCUUUCAAAACAUGGUUUGGAAACUCCGCUAAAGUCUUUGUUCUAUCUUUUUGUUCGCGUUUAUGCAGUUUUGUGCACGGUCACGGUCAAUGAACACAUUAUAUUUCAGUACAAUGAACAAAUCAUCCAAUAGCAACGUUUCGGUUCAGUCAUUCAACCAUGCUAUUUUAAUAAAUACUGAUAAACCUAAAACAAAGGAUGUGCACGAUUUAAGGUACGGCUCAACAUAAACUCCCAGCUCAUUAUGACCGCUUUGAAGUUUACUGAGUUUCCACUUUCCAGACCAUGUCUUGAAAGACAAUGAUGACAUGCACUCAUGCUUGUGUGAAACAGUGGGUAUCAAUGUUAGUUAUGCGAAUUGCACCCGUAGAUAUUUAUUAACUAACUAUGCUUUGUAUAGAUUAGCUUCUCCAGAUGAUGAUAUAUUGUUGAAUGAAAUCAAGAUCUCGAACAUAAUUGAUAGAAAAAAGAUUGCAUUAAGAGCAAUGGAUGUUGUUCUAUUUGGUGCUCCCAGAAGUAAGUAGACUUUAUUGUCGAACAAGUUUUGCUUGUUCAAGAUCACAAUGAUAUCAUGCAUGAAAUACUUGGGUUGUAAUACAAUUAACGGUCUGUAGUGACCGCGGUCUUUUGUGAGUUAAACCUGGUUAUUUUUAGGACACAACUACUUGAAAGACUUGGUAUUGGGAUUGAUUGUUCUUGUUGCAAUGUUGGGAUUCUGGUUCUCCAAUGUACAAAAACGCAAAGCUCAGAAGCAAAUGGAAUCUAUGAUAAAAGAUGUGGAAAUUUUGCAAGAUGCGGAAAAGAACUUGACCAGUCUUCAAAAUAGGUACAGCAUAUGCAGUAUGUUCUUUGACCUGCAAGAAUAUUAUCACUCCAGCUUUAUCGGUUAUAUGAUACUCCAUGGUAUACAGUAUUGACAACAAAUCAAUAUUUUAGAUAUAUGAUAAUAAAAUAGAUGACUUUUCUUCUAUAUUGAUUAUUACAGUCGUGCCAAGAAGCGUUCCGAAAAAUGUUGACCAGUUCAUUUCCUAACUUUGAGGAGUUCCUCUGAACAAUUCCUCAACAAUUUGAUAAGUUCCUUAAAAAGUUCCUAACUUCCUGUUUCAUUCACCAAUCAGAUUGCUCAAAAAUAAAAUAUAAAAUUUGAUUGGUCAAUGAAACAGGAAGUUAGGAACUUUUUAAGGAACUUAUCAAAUUGUUGGGGAAUUGUUCAGAGGAACUCCUCGAAGUUAGGAAAUGAACUGGUCAACAUUUUUCGAAACGCUUCUAUUGGCACGACUGUAAUAACUAGAAAUACAAAUUUAUUUAGAUCCUCCCCACUAGGUUUUUCAGGUCUAAUUGCAAGUGUUUAAAAAUUUACAAUUACAAAGUUUAUAAUAUAAAUAGAUAAAUAUAUAAAAUUAUAUAAUAAUUAAGAAUAUUAGAAUUGUAUAGCCAGUUCUUAUAGUGAUUGUUUGAAAGAGUUUAGUGUGACGCUCUCUUCGACAUAGUUCUGUACAGUGUUCCACAACUCUGUAUCUAAAUGAUUGUUGUACUGAGCUCGUUCUACAUUUGGGUAUGUCAAGAUUGUUUCAGAGCUCGAAAUAUACCACUAUUACACUUCAUAAGAAAUUCCAUCCUUUUCUUGGCUAGACUCCAAGAGGCUGAAACAAGUCAUCAAGUAAUUCAACAAGAGAAAUUUCAACUGGAAAGUAAUCUGAAAGACGAAAUAAAAGCCGCUAAGGUACAGAUUAUAUAGAAUCAUGAUUCAGACUGGCCUAGUUGCAGGCCUUCUCGCUUUACUGGAUCGGUUUUAAAAAUUCAGAUUACUCAAAAUAUGCUUGGUUGGUGCGUAAGUGGCUCGUUCCAUGUCAUAUUGCGUACAUUUGACUUUUUGUAUAGCUUUAUUAUGGAGAAUAUGUAUGUUCAUUCAUUCUUUGCUUGAAACGUCGACGGCCAGGAGUUUAUCCACAAUUUCGGUGUUUGUGAUUGUCCAUACACGUCAGGCGUGAAUAUUUAUCGCAUUUGAUUGGUUUAUUUGGUGAAUUGGUAUUCUAAACUUUUAUCUCUCUAGCGUGAAGCCCAGCGUCUUCGAGAGGCACGGGAAGACCAAUCGGAAGAAAUCCACACUAGACUAAAACUAGCGGAAGAAGAAUUAAUUCAGGUAAGUAUUACAUUGUCUAGAUGUCACAUUCAAUCAGAAUCAUUCAAAUUGUUUCAUUCAAAGUAGGCAUCAUGUCAAAAAUAUACGUUGAACAUUAUUUUGUAAACGACCAUGCCCAUUGGCCAUUCAUGAGCAUGUGUCACGCUCAAAUGUCUGUGUAAGUCGAUAACUUUUUAAAAAUCCGAACUUCAUGUUGAUCUCAUCACUAUUGGAUUGGACCUCUCUUGACCAUAGAGGCGUUUUUAGUUAAACAUGCAUCACUUCACUUGUGAUGACCAAUACACCCUUUCGAUAAUUACGUCACGCAUACUUUUUGGUCUUGGAGCCUCGCUCUCAUUAGUAAAUUACGCAAGGUGAUUGGCUCACGGUUCAUGAGAGCGAGGCUCCCAGGCCAAAUGACGUAAUUAUCGAAAGGGUAUAUUGUGGUAGACAAUCUCGACUUGAAAAACACUUUUGUGUAUAUAAUAGUUUUGUUUGUGGAAACACCACGUAAAUUUAUUGCUGCAAAGAUUAUUAGCACUGAUGAAGAUCCGGGCUUACGGAUCGAAAGCUUUGCAGUAAUAAAUUUACGUGGUGUUUCCACAAACAAAACUACUAUAUGUUUUAUCGCCAUGCAAACGUACAAAGAACUUACUUUUGAGUAUAAGAUGACAAAAAUUUCCUGCAAAGUGCAAGAAAAUUUCUUGCGAAGAUAUUUUGUUAAAAAUUUCCUGGCAGCGGCGCUGCUGGCGCUGUGACUAAUUAACCCAAAUGCCUUAGAUUUUCAAGGUGUAUAGCCCGCAUCAGUAAAAACCUGUGCGGAGGAGAGUGGAAUUGGGCUUAGCUUGCAAUAACCGUUUUUGUUAUAUACCAAGUUCAUGUAUUCUUGCACCUCAUUGGACAAUAACGUACAUCACGUGAAAGUCACGGAAUUCAACUGUCUUCUGGCAACAGCUCUGAGCGGUCGACAAUACUCUUAUCCACCGCGGUAAAUAAUAAAGUCGUUCAAUUAUGGAACAAAUAAAUGAAACUUUCUCGUUUCGUUUUCGUUGUUCUUUUUGUUUUUUUUCGCACUUGGUAUAUACCAAUGAAAAUACUUAUUGUGUGGGACCUUCGGGAAAAAUCUGUUUUGUGGGCUCUCGACUGCCAGCUUCGUCUAGGGAAUCAUUCGUAGUCCCGGGUCCACAAAAUUAAACAUUCUGUUUCCCUCGAUCCCAGUUGAUCCAAAUGUUGAAGAGUUAUUUAGUAUAAUCGUACCAAUGUAAGGACGAUUUAGCUUUCUUAAAGUUUUGUGAACAUUAUCUUCCGUUGCUGCAGGUGAGAGAGGCAUUGCGGAAAGCAGAAAAGGAAGUUGAAUAUUUGUCUUCGGAAAUGUCUUCAUCUCUACAGAAAUGGCUUCAAGUAACCUACCAGAAAGAAGUGAAGAAUUUUCAAUAUCGACGUAAUGUUGCAAUGAGGAAGAUGGAAGAGGCCAAAGAUGCUGUAUGUUAGCAAAUAUUAUAUUACAAUGAUGUUCAUUCAUUAAGAGGAAAUUUUUUUUCUAUGUCGCGUAUUUGCGAUGAAAAGUGUUCAAAAUCGAAAAUCUUUUUGGCUUACCUUUCAAAAUUGCUUUGUUUUUAGCUUUGCCGGUUGAAAAACAAAAAAUAAUAGGAAGAAAUAAAAUUGGUUGGGUUGUGACAAGUAUUUUGUAUUUUAGUGUAACAGGUUAAAAAGGAAACGUAGUUCGGUGUUUGGUGCAUUGCGUCUUGCUCAUGAUCAAAAUAUUGAUGACGUAGAUCAAAGAAUACUUGCAGCUCGGUGAGUCUACUUGGAGUAUUCCUUAUAUAGAAUAGUCAGGGACACUUUUCUGCUACCGAUAUACGGUGGUAAAACCUCAAUCUUCAAUAGGCAAUUCCAGCUUUUAGUUUAUGCGCGCAGGGGGGGGGGGAGAUGGGAAGUAAGGUAGCAUAUUGCUGAUUAUGCUGAAAAAAUAAAAAUGGUGGCCAUGUAAACACGGGGUGAUAGCUUGUACUUGUAAAUAUUGAAAUAUUUCGGUUGUUUAGGCAGUUUUUAUGGAAAUUUUUCAGCAUAACCAGCAAUAUGAUACCUUACUUCCCAUCACUCCCUGCGCGCAUAAAUUAAAAGCUGGAAUUGCCUAUUGAAUUUUGAAACUCUGUAAUUAUAAUUAAUUAAUUAAUCAUUAAAACCGUUUUCUCAAGCUUCGUUCAAUGGAAAACAAGAGUUGCAUUGUAAGAGUUAAUUACAUGGUCGUACCUUUCAUCAGCUCUCGUACUGUACUUGUUUGACUGGGGCUUACGAUUUGUUUUAUGAGCACUCCAAUGUCUAAUGGCUGUCUGACCACGACCAAGUUAUUGUUUGUGUUUGAGAUAUACACAAUAUGUAUGGUUGCUCUUUUUUAUAUUUUGUAGAACGUCGUUGGCUGAAGUAACAAGUGAUUUAGAAGAACUUCAAUAUCGUUGGCAACAAAUUGAAACAUGUUGUCGUCUUGAUCUCGGUGUUUGUACCUCUUUCCUAUGGAAUGAAUCCGCGGAUUCGCCCAUCAUUCAAGCACGAUUAUCUGUUAAGGUCGCAAGUGCAUUAGGUACAGAAAGUACUACCUCUCGCGAAUCACUUCCGAUGCAUCGAGUAUACACAUGUCCUUCACUUCAAUCUUCGGAUGAGAAUUCCCCUCCUCCAUACCACGCGUUACCAAGACACGCAGUUCAAAGACAUUCGUCAGAUCCAACCGACAAUGCAAGUGAACGGGAAACGACAUAUGAAUAUGAACGUAGUGAAAAUGGUGCGAAUGGAAAACACAGUACGUCUGACUCCGUUGAUGGUUUGCAUGAUGGCACUUGUAGUGCAUCAAAUGAACAGAGUGUACAUUCCCAAUAUUCUCUCAGUCAACCGGAUAUAACUGCCGUUCAUACUAGAGACGAAAAUACAAGUAAAAUGAUCAAACAAAAGAACUCCAAAAAAAAUGGAUCAUUUCACGAUGAUAAAUCCAAGAGACAAUCAUUCUCAAAUUCAGAGGACAAAAAUACAGGACUCAAAAAGAAAUGGUGGUCACGAGGGAAAAAACAACAUUCCGAAGAAGGGAGUCAUGAAACUAACUCAAUUCAUUUAUCUAGAUCAAAGACAAAGGGUUCGAUGCCUAUACUGUCGCAAAAAUAGAGUGUGAAGACAAGAUUUUUGUAGUUAAUGGGCAGAUUAUGUAUUAGAGAAUUAGCUUUUCAUAAAUUAAUUUAACAACCAUCCCCCGGCAAUAAUGCUAGGAUGUAAAUAAAGCACACUUGUGUGAGACACGUAUAUAGUAGCCCAACACUUUUACAUAGAACACAAAUUACGAGUCACAAAAUUGUCCAAAGUGCACGUCUUCAGAUUUAUUUUAUAUCCGACAGCCACAUGCAAGUAUGCAAUUAACCACUCUCAUGCUAAAGUACAAUUUGUACAAAGAUUAUGUAGCCCAAAUUAAUAGCAACUUUCGUUGGUAGGGAUGCAACUACCUGAAAAAUAUAAGGAGAAUUUGGACGUUUUAGAGCGAAGGCCCUUGGUCGGGUACAACCUCGUAACCCGGGUGCGUCGGGUAUAGUAUGUAUAGUAUAAGCGACUAACUUGGCUUCCACCUUCCCGGCCAAGGACCUUCGCUUGAAACGUCGAAAUUCUGCUUUUAUUUGUCAGGUAGUAGUAAGGCAGAUAGAGGACCAAAAUUAUGGAAAACUUACCAUAUCGUGGGACAAUUCCAUUUUGUCUUCAUAUUGUGCCGUGAAAUUUCUGAUACAUUUCUAAUACAAAUGACUUGCAUCAAUAGAAAGCUAACAAAAAACUACCGUUUAAAUGUCUUAUAUCUAGUUUUUUGCAAGCUUUCAAAUGAUGUAAGUCAUUUGUGUUAGAAAUGUAUUUGAAAUUUCACAUUUUUUAACUGUAAUAGAGUUUAAUACAACAUUCGAAGAAAAACGUGUCGGCAGGAGCCCACAAGAAAUUUCAACGCGGCCAACAUACAGAAACGUACUAAAGCCUUCAUGGCACAAUAUCAAGACAAAAUGGAAUUGUCCCACGAUAACGUAAGUUUUUUCCUUCUAUCUGCCCGACUUUUGCAUCCCUAUCAACGAAAGCUUGUUAUUACUGGCACUACCUACACUGGCACAGGAUUAUACCCCAAAUUAAUAGACCUUUCUCAUGAUGUCAAACCUGGAUAGACAUGCGCGAUGUCACCUGAAUGUUACAUGAAAUUUGAUUGGCUAGAUAUUAGACAAUACAAUUUUGUGAUUUUUUAAAUAAAAGGAUUUAAGGUAAGAAGAGAAUUGAAAACCUGUAGCAAAUCAUUUGACAAUAUUUUUACAACAUGGACAGGAGAAUUGUUCUCCGUCGUAGUUCAAAUUACAGAAGAACGUUUUUAGUUUGAAUUUAUACGUAGAAGGACUGAAGUCAAGGAGAGUGGUUGUUAAUCAGAUUCAGGCCAAUAGGCGCAAGUAAUGUAAAACACCACUAUAGUGACUAUACGAUAGUUUACUCUUGUCAAGUAUUUUUGAGAGAAUAACUAGUAAAGAUCGAAACUGUCCUGUUGUUGCCUUUCCUUUCACCAGAUAUGUUAGCCUGGGGCCGGUUGUAUAAAAAAGUGAUUAAAGUUAACUAUGAUUAAGUGCAAACGUCAUCCAAUAAGAAGCGCCUAUUUAAGAGUUAAUCACUAUUUAACUACAAAAUAGUGAUUAAAAAAGUGAUUAAGAGUUUUAUACAACCGGGCCCAGG